GUCCAUAAGUAAUCGUCGGGUCGACCCUCCCCACUCUGCUGCACCUGCCGCCUUGUCGAAACCUCGACGACGCACACCAGCGAAACCCUGCUGUCGCACGCUUCGUUCCGGGAUCGCCGCUCUACCCUCGGCUCUACUCCCUCCUUUGCUCUUGAGGCACUCGGGGAAGCAGGUCUUUGAGGGGAUCAUACAAGUUAGGGCUUUUAGCUGCCCGUGCAUUUUACUUUCUUGCCGAACUGGAUAGAGGUGUUUGGGUUUCCGGAGGUUUUGCGAGCUCUUUGACAGCUUGGAUUGAUGGCGGAGCACUUGGCUUCAAUCUUUGGCACUGAGAAGGACAGGGUCAACUGCCCCUUCUACUUCAAGAUUGGGGCUUGCCGUCAUGGGGACAGGUGCUCCCGCCUCCAUAACCGACCUACGAUAUCACCGACCCUCCUCCUCUCCAAUAUGUAUCAGCGACCAGACAUGAUCACUCCAGGUGUUGAUGCUCAAGGCCAGCCAAUUGAACCUCAGAAGAUCCAAGAACACUUCGAGGACUUCUACGAGGACAUCUUUGAGGAGCUGGGCAAGUUUGGUGAGAUCGAGAGCCUCAAUGUGUGUGACAACCUUGCUGAUCACAUGAUCGGAAAUGUCUAUGUUCAGUUUAGGGAAGAGGAACAAGCAGCUGCAGCUAUGAGAGCCCUGCAGGGCCGGUUCUACUCGGGACGCCCUAUAAUUGUGGACUUCUCUCCUGUCACAGACUUCCGGGAAGCCACAUGCCGGCAGUAUGAGGAGAAUAGUUGCAACCGUGGUGGAUACUGCAAUUUUAUGCAUGUAAAACAGAUAGGUAGGGAGCUGAGGAGGAAGCUUUUUGGACGAUAUCGGCGAUCCAGUAUCCGAAGAAGUCGGAGCCGCAGCCCAAGCCCAUAUCUCAGAAGAGGAUCCCGUGACCGUGAUCAUGGCGAUUAUCGUGACCGUGGAGACUAUCGGGACGGUGGGCGGAGGAGUGGUGAUAGACAUGGAAACUAUGAAAGGGAUGGGGGAAGGCGGUGGCAUGGAAACCCGAGGCGUACAAAGAGUCCGAUAAGGGAAGGAAGUGAGGAGCGAAGGGCUAAGAUUGAACAAUGGAAUCGGGAGAGAGAAGAGAAGCAUGGAUAAAUUGGGUCACAUGGUCUUUUUCUUAUUGCUACUCUAAUCCUGAGAUGACUGGGUGAGGGUUUAGUCUGUUUGUUUCUUUUAAUCUUGUUGAACCAAAAUGUCUCCAGCCAUUUUAAUUGCAUAUCUUGAACAUAAACCCUUUUCUCUUUGCUUCUACCACUAGAAUGAACUUUGUACCCUGUUACAUUUCUAUUUGGAUUUUCAUGUGUUUGAGCUCAA